AUACAUUAUAUAUAUAUGAAAAUAUAGGUUGAGUAAAAAAUUACGUUUUGCAUGAUUAUCGAAGUAUAUUGCACCGAGGCAAAGCUACGAUUCAUUUAUCUGAACGACAAUUCUCAACAAGAAAAUAAACUACAAUUUUAAAUGCGCUGAUAGUGUAUGAAAGUGGUAUCUCUUUAAAAUCGAUAAAAUGCAGACCGUGAGGCAAUGUUGUCAACGACUAAUUUCAACGUCCAAAAUAUUCAAUCCUAAUACAAGUUGUUUAUCAAGUAUACAAAGAUCGUAUUAUGGAUACAGAGAUGGAGGAAAAAAGGAUAAAGGAUUUCUUAAAUAUAAUGACAGUGUCUUCCCUCCGCAAAAACCGGGUGAAGAAAAGAGACCAGGUUACGUUUGUCAUGUGAAAAAGAAUGUAAAAUAUAGCCCUUUAAAGAUGUGGUACAUAGCUUGCUUUGUAAGGGGAAUGACCAUAGAUGAAGCUGUUAAACAAUUAAGCUUUCUGAAGCAGAAAGGUGCAGCUAUAGCGAAAGAGGUUCUUUUAGAGGCACAACGUAUGGCAGUUGAAGAGCAUAACAUUGAAUUUAAGAGUAAUUUAUGGGUCGCCGAAUCUUUCGCGACAAAGGGUGCAAUAAUAAAAGGCAUAAGAAGACAUUCCAGAGGAAGGCCAGGAAUAGUACAUUACAGGUAUUGUAAUUACUAUGUUCGUUUGGAAGAAGGAAAACCACCGAAACAUUAUUACCAGCCAGCACCUCAGAGUGGUGAGGAACUAUUAAAAGAAUGGAUGGAUCAAAUGCAUAAUCGUAAAAUAAUUAAUUCACUGUAAUUCAUGUAUAUAAUAAUACAUUUGCAAAUAAAUAAUAGUACAUCAUUCA